CCAGGCUUCUUCCUGUGCCACACACAGUGCGUCGUGCAAGAUUGCUUGCGUGCUCUGCUUUCUCUCUCUCCGUCGAAUGGAGAUCUCCGUACGAAAUAUACAAUCUUAGAUUCGUGGUCAGAAAAGCUAAUGGCAUCAAUCAUGACAGGAUUUGACGAUUGGAAUCUGCAAAUCGUCCCAAAUACAAUUGAAAGAUUCUCCACCACUCAGCCUGCAAAUUUAUGCAUUAUCAAACCACUCUGUACCGCGCAAAAUUCGACCAGCCUCUUCAUAAAGCGACGCCCUCGUCCAUUCACUCAUGACUUCCUCGAAUGAUUUCAAAAAUUCCUCUCCUCGAGCACACUGUUGCUGCCGCGCCGAACGUCGGAGCUGAGACCGCCCGCCUGCCGCCGCCCUCGUACGACCCUUGUCCAGUAUUCCACGCGGUGGCACAUCGUACACUGUGGCGUAGAAAGGCGAGGCACGGACUCGAGACGAUGGCCAGCCAGGCAGCACUGCUCGGCGCAUGGAUCCUUCGCUGACCUGCAUGGACUGCGUUCCGCUGCCCUUUUGUCGCACACUGAUCGAUCCCCCGAUUGCAAGGUUGCGGCCCUUCAAUCUCGUGCGAUUUUGCUCCGCGUUCAGACGAGCGUGCAGAUGGUGUUGCACGGGCCAUGUGGUUCGUGAAUUGGACCUGCAUGGCCUCGUCCUGCGGUUCUUAAUUUCCUGCCUUCUUCUUUUUCCACCCUGCCCCGGGCUUAUUCGCCCAUUUGGAUCAUCGGCGUUUCUUUGAUGAAUCCCCCCGUUGUCGUGGCCCUACUGAGGCACCCAUUCAAAUAGAGUACUCGCCCAAGCAAGAAUUUUGUGCCUCAGGCGCUGGGUUCCACUCGGGAAUCUCGUCAUUUGAGCUUUGUCUUUUAGAAUUUUGCCUACAAGCCACACAGAGAUAUGUGAUAUUAUGCUUCCAACCUCCCGUCGGCUAUGGCAGCAGCAGGAAUAUGUGAGCUAUCUUCGCGUAUAGACUUGCUUUAAAUCUAGCGGCUACACGUUUCAAGCUUUGGCCAUGGGCACCUAGAAAUCGUGGGCAGGAUCCGUGGAGGCUUGAAGCUGUUGCCUACGUGCCGAAUGUUUUUCGACGGAUGAGAAUUAAGAUUGUAGCCCAGCCCAGCACAGCUCAGCUUGAUGGCCCUCCCUGCCCAGUCCUGCCGUGUCUGAUGUAGGUUAUCAGAGGAUCGAUGGGGAAAGAAAAUCAAGGCGUUGACAACAACAAUAUCAGCUCCGGAAUUUGGCCAAAACGGUCGCGUUAUAUUCGUGCAUCUGUACCCCGUCCCGACAGUCAAUCUGCAUCUGCAUCUGCAUCUAUGUGUUUGACACUUUCUGAUGGAGGUGAUAUCUCUCCCGGGCGGGGCUCAAAAGCUGCGCCUCUUGCUCAUCACUGGUCGAGUUUUCAGUGUGCAUUUGAUGGAUCUGAGAUCUCAUUCCGUGCAUCGACCCGAGAGACGAUCGAUCAUGUGGCAUGGGGCCGGCAUGUGGCUGACGGCCCCUAUUUGCGUUCGCCUUGUUCUUCGAGCAUCUCUCGGUCGGUUCCCAGCAAGAAAACACGGAGGAAUGAUUCCUUCGCUUGCUGUUGGAACACAAGCAUGAGGGUUGUGCCCGAGUCCUGGAAAGAUAGAGAAAUUGCAGUCGAGAGCGAAGGAGACAGUGAUGACCGAAUCUCCAGAGCAUUCUCAUCUGGCCCAUAUUAUCUGAUACAACCAACCUAUGGCUCACGUCGAGAUCGAGUCCUGGCACGAAAUGAAACGAAAUGUGCGUACAUGACGAUGAUUCUUUUCCUUCCUUUACACCUUAACCAUUUUCGGGAAUUCAGAGUUCGAGAGUGCUGCAAAGUCUCCUGGCAGGGGGUGGAUUUCUCAUUAAAGUUAACCGUACUUGAGAUUGGCAGUAGAGCGCAGCUGGGAGCGAGGGAUGCGGCUAGGCUAGACAGAGAACGGAAUCAUCCGGUACUGUCCACAGAGAAGAUUAUUCUUACUAUCGGACCAGCUUGUCUCCGUACACGGCAGAAUUGCAUCAGCUCAGGGUAUCUGCAUGUGAACAGAGUGGGAAUCUCGCAUGGUUUAUGCUUCAUCAUUUUCUUCUGGACAGCAGGCUUGCUGAGCGCACACGUGAGCAGAAGCGCAGAGUUCCGGGAGAGAUCCACACGUAAAGCAUCUUCUGAUCCAGCAACACUCGAGCGAGAUAGUGAGAAAGAGAGAAUCACAACGCAUGGCAUGCGUAGGAAGACAAUGUUGAGAUAAUCUUGUAGGCCCUUGCCUUAACCGUCGCCCAUGCGUCUAUCUUGUACCUAGCGCAGGAUACUCGAUCUUUGUUCAAGGGCGUUUCUUUAGCCGCUCAAUCUUUCACGCCAGGACAUCGAGCAUCUUCCAUGACGGGAGGUUUCAAGAGAAACUCGACGACUCCAUGUCCUUUUCCUUGUCGACUAGCAAUAUCAG